CCUGCACUGCACGUUUUACACACCGCGCUUCGCGCUCAUUGCUGUGUGCCGCGAGUUACGCGAGAAUAUAAGAAUGGCGGCAUUCAUGUCAUGGAGUGUCGUGCUUCGUUUUGUAUCGGUACUUGCUAGGCCUACCUAGUGUGCAAACGCAGUGAUUGACCAAGUUCAGGUUGACAAUCUUGAUGAAGAAUCGCACAGAGCAAGACUUUUUGUAGUGUUUUUUUCCUCUCUCUUGAAGUGGUAAGCUAUGGCCCGGCCGUUAAACAUCGCUCCUGUGCUGACAACAGCCAAGGAGGCAUUAUGUAUCGCUGGCCAGCAUGUAGACACAUUCGUGUCUCAGGAUAAAGGCUAUCCUGAAUUGGCGCAGCUACUCAAUGCAACGUCAUCCUCUCACGCUAGUUUGAGUGGGAUCAGCGACGUGGAUUAUCCAGCCUUAUCCUCAGCGGCCGUGGGAUUGGCCGAUCUGCCGCAACUGAGCCCAGCCAAGAGGGUGCCCUUACCUCCAGAACUGGUGGAGCAGUUUGGACAUAUGCAGUGUAACUGCAUGAUGGGAGUGUUUCCUCAAAUAAGUCGGGCGUGGCUGUCCGUCGACAGUGACAUCUUCGUCUGGAACUAUGAAGAUGGGGGUGACCUUGCCUACUUUGACGGACUGAGCGAAACCAUACUGUGCGCCGGCCUGGUUCAGCCCAAGCCCAACAUCUUCCGCAGUCACAUCCGUUUCUUGCUCUGCCUGGCGACUCCCGUGGAGAUUGUCCUGUUGGGCGUCAGCUUCACUCAGCCCCACGAAGAUGUGGGCCAGAACGAUUACAGUCGGUGCGAAAUGCACCUGUUGCCAGAUCCCCUGUUCUCCAUCCAGACGGACAACACCUACAUGCUGAGUGUCAAGUCAACGCCAGACGGCCGCAUCUUCCUGGCCGGCAAGGACGGCUGCCUCUACGAGAUUGUGUAUCAGGCCCAAGAUGGUUGGUUCAGCCGCAAGUGUCGGAAGGUCAACCAUUCCAGUAGCUCGCUGUCGUUUCUUGUGCCUUCGUUUCUGACCUUCUCAGAAGAGGACCCAGUAGCGGAGAUUUCCAUCGACGACAGCCGCCACAUCUUGUACACCCGCUCUGAGAAGGGUACCAUACAGGUCUACGACAUGGGCUCAGAUGGCUGCAGCAUGCGCCGAGUCACAGCCUUGUCCCAUUACUCCAUGAUGAAGCAUGCCAUGUACUACGCCAGGACCAUCGAUCGUUCCAAUUUCAAGCACAUCGUCCACAUCGCGGCCAUUCCUAGCACAGAGUCCAGCAGAUUGCAUCUGGUCGCCGUCACACAGACAGGCGUACGACUGUACUUCACCACUAUCCCCUACCAAGGGGGUUGGAUAGCAGGUGUUGGAGCCAGAGACAGACCAGUAUCUCUCACCUUAGUGCACAUCAGACUCCCUCCGGGCUUCACCGCUAACUCUGCACAGCACCGACCCACCAAUGUGCAUGCUGCCCUCUACAGUCAAGGUGCAUUGCUGUUGUGCGCCUCACAGGGUGAGGACAGUGACCUGCUGUGGUGUCUCAAUCCAGACUCAUUCCCUUUCCAGCGCUCCCUCAUGGAAACACAGGUGACCCACAUGAUUGACAGCAGGACGUGGGUGAUUGAGGAGGUCCCAGCGAUCCCCAUCCUGACCCCUAGGGUGGAUCCGACCUCGGACAAGCCCCGAGUGCCCGACCCUCCAAGCGUGGUCACCCAGCAUACCGUCAUGCCACCGGCGUACGUGCUGCUCAGCUCAAAGGGAAGUUACCUCGUAGGCAAGCUGCGGCCAGUGGAUCAGCUACGCCAGUUGAUGCUCAACAACAUGGGUCCAGAUAACCCUGUGGUGGAGAGCUUCUUCAAAUUGCACAAGGAGGACCAGGCCUGUGCCACGUGCCUGAUCCUGGCCUGCUCCAGAGCGUCCAGCGACGUGCAAGUCAGCGAGUGGGCCACCCAUGCAUUCUUCCUGUAUGGCGGGGUAGCUAGACUCAGGUCCUACGGGGCACCACCUCCAAAUCCAACCGCUAAUCUCUUUGGGAGCACCACACCAGUGGUGGGGCAGAGACCAGACAGCCAGUAUGGUACCACACUGACUAGUCCACCAACAUCGGGUCUGCAGCCCAGCAUAGCAUCCACGCCCCUCCAGGCUUCUGGUGGGUACCAGGAUACUCCCAGGACCAGCGCCGGUCCAUCCGCCCAGCCGUCCAGCGACGUGGAGUUCUCGGGCAAAUUCAAGGGGCUGUGCCUGUACUUUGGCAGAAUAACCAGGCCGUUGUGGGAAUUACUUGUUGCGGUUGAGGUUACAUCUGUUGAGUACAGAUCUCAGAGAACCCUGCUGGUGACCAACUUUGACAGCAGCGAGCUGUCCUGGGUCCUGGACGAGAUGAAGGCGCUCAAGCAGUUUCUGGACAGAAAUUCUCAGUACACAGCCGUAGCUGAGAGCAUAAUGUCUGCCGGGAUGCCAAGCUUUGCUAGACCGGAAUCAGUGAUCGGUCGACCAGGGGUUCAGUAUCAACGAGAACAAACCCAAAUGGAACAAGCUGAAGCGGAGAACGCCGAGAGGAAAGCGCUGCAGCAGUUGGAGCAUCUAAUUAACAGCUGCUGCGAGGUACUGGCUCUCCUGAAGCUCCUCUGCUAUCACCAAUUCCACAAUGUCACCGCAGCCCUGCCGCAGGAAACCAGGGACCAGUUGAAGCGGAUGACACUCCGUGAUUUGGUCAUCAACGGGAAGGAGGUUUGUGACAUGUUGAUAACGGCCCUGAUCAACUUCUACACCGGUGACAAUGCGACGACCGAUGCCAUCAGUUCCAAGCUGCGAGACAUCUGCCCGUCUCUCUACAGCCGAGAGGAUGCUAUAUGCUCCAAGGCCAACGAGCUGAUCAAAGGCGCCCAACAGGCGCAGACACGUUCAGUCAAAGAGAAGAUGCUGAAGGAAUCUCUGCAGCUAUUCAAGAGUAUCAGUCAGCAGCUAAUCUUGACUUCAGUCUGCAGUGAAUAUCAUCAAGCUCAUUUUUACGACGGAGUCGUUGAGCUGAGUCUGUCGGCUGCUGCCAGGAGAGACCCACAGAACUUGGCGUUGCAUUACUACAAGCACGGCAAACCUGCGGAAGACUUACAAGGCACGCAGGCAUUCACUGCCAGAUAUGAAUGUUACAAGUGCGUGAUAGACAUCUUGGACGAGCUCCUGGUUCUGAGCCAAGCGCACCCCACGUCCCCCGUCGUCCCGACCCACCCAGGCCCACCCCCUCAGCCAGAUCCCAACCAACUGUCGAGCCAAGACGCCAAGGCUUACAUGGAGGAGAUAAUGCAGAAGGCUUUGGCCUCAGAUGACGAGCUGUUCCAUGUAGCUCUCUAUGAUUGGCUGAUAGAGAAGGGACUGAAGGAUCGCUUGCUUCAGAUCUCAUCUCCCUACGUGGAGGAGUACAUGAAGCGAGCCACGCAGUACUCGGCCGACAGCCUGCAGCUGAUGGAUCUCCUGUGGAAGUACCACGAGAAGACGGGUAACUACCCCGCAGCUGCCAGGAUCCUGCUCAAACUGGCCGAGAGGCAUAGCACCGAUGUGAAGUUACAGCAGCGCAUCGAGUACCUGUCUCGCGCAGUCAUGUGCGCUAAGAGCAGCAAUCUGAGAACGAGCACCAGCAGCGAAGGGGAGUUCCUGCAAGAACUGGAAGAUAAAUUAGAGGUGGCCCGACUGCAGUUGCAGGUGUAUGAGGCAAUUGCUCGUCACAGCACAGCUCAUCCCAGAUUCCAAGAGGCCUUGUCCAAGCUCAACGUAGAGCUGGUGGACAUUACAAAGCUGUACGGAGAGUUUGCUGAUGUGUUUGACCUGUCUGAAUGCCAGCUGGCCAUCAUUCACUGUGCUGGCCACUAUGACCAACAAUUGGUUCAGUCUCUAUGGCAGCAAAUCAUCGACAAAGAACUCAACGAGAGCAUGGACAAACCUGGUGACAGCAGGAUGACUAUCCUAGCCAAGAAGCUUCAAGCAUUGGGACGUAUUUACUCCUCCCUAGAACGCUACUUCCCCCUGGCAUUUCUGAUCCUGUUCCUGGAGAAGCGAAGCUGCGAGCUGAGGUGGCAGAGCGACUGGGUGUUCCGAUGUUUCCGGGACAUCGGCAUACCCCUUCCGAAGCUGCUGAACGUAUAUGAUAGCCUCUUCAAGGCAAAGGACCCCCACUGGCAGACAUCACCUCAGCCAUUACAUCUACUCAUUGCCAUCUGUGCUUUGGUGAAAGCCUUUACCGAUUCGCCCAGUUGCGUACCGGUUCACGAAAGGCGGCAGUUUGUCAGUGUUUGCCUGGAUGCAAUCGCUCACUACAAAGUGGAGUUGGAGGCUACGACAGGCAUGCCGCAGCCCGUUCAGUCCAUCCUGAAUAACUUCAAACAACUGCAGGCCAAGUUGGAUCGUCUUCAGAUUACUAAACCAUAAAAAAGAAAAUACAUGUACAUGUGAAAAAAACAUCUACAAAGUAAAGACGGAAGUGACUGGGGCCCUUGCAAUGACCGUGGUACAUUUGCUGUAAUGCACCCACGGUUAUUCAGACGUUACUCAGGAAAAAAGCUGAAUACUGAGAAGACAUGUACACUUCCAGACAAGAAACUUUAGGCGAGACCCUGGCCCUAAGUGCACUUAAAGGCGCUCAGUAAACAAGGAUUUAUAAUCUUGGGAAUUUUUCUAUCAUGAAUUUUUAUGCUACAUUGCUGUUGAAUUACUGUACCGGAUUACACCUAGCGGAGAUUGAUCUUUGAAUUGAUCUGGCUGCUUAUCUUUGGGUAAUAGAAAAGUACCACCUGCGCACUUGUCACCAGUAACACUAGACAAUUGGGGCUGUUGUUGAAAGAGCAUCUGACCCCAUCCCCAGGUGGGUCGUUCCACACUCAAGGGGGGGGGCAAAGUACGACGAUGAGGGGCUUGGUAAAGGGAGCAUGGCAAUGUUAUUAGGUUAUCCCAUCUUCUUGAACAUUGCACUCCAUUGUGAGGAAAGAUACUCCAUGCCAAGAGUGUUUUGUAGUGUAUGUAGCAUGAACCAGAAGUUUACCAUGAUAUGUAGGAAUUUAAUCUCCAGAUACUGUGAUUGUCAUUCACCUAGUGUGGACAUUCCUUUGUUUUUGUGCAGUUCAGAAAACUUGGUGAAACACUAAUUUUUCUCGAGCUUGGGAACACGAUUUUCAGCUGGAUUUUUGUUAAAAAUGUGUCGACUGUUCCUCUUCCUUUUACGACAGACGACCCUAACCCCAACAUGCUUCUAAACUUCUUUUUCAUAGAAGGGGAAACGUCCUGUGGACAGCUUUUGUUCACGAGUUGAUGCCAGGUAUAUAGAGUUAGCUGAUUACCUUCGUUCUCUCAAAAUAAAAUCCACACACUGUCAAAAACUCCACUUGAGUUGAGGCCACCAGGCUUUUAUGUCAAUUUUUCAAGCAUCAACUGAAAGCAGUGUAACAACACUCUUCCAUCCAUAGCUUCGCUAUUUAAAAUAACUCCAACGAGAAAUUUGAAUUUCUUGAAAUGAGUGUGAAUUGCUGACCGCUGGCUUUCUAGAGAAAUGGGUGACAUUUUGAAAACUUGUCGGCGUGCCUUUUGGAAGGAAAAAAAUUAUAAAAUGUAAGCACGUUGGCCAAUAAAUUGAGGAUACAAGAUGUCAAUUCGACAUCCAGAAUCUGUCACAAGAUGGACAAAUGUU